AUGCGAAAGCUGCAGAUUCUUGUCGACACUGGAAGCAGCAACUUCGCCGUGGCAGGAGCCCCUCACCCCUACGUCGACUCCUACUUCGACUCAGGGAGGUCCAGCACAUACCAGUCCUCGGGCUUCGAUGUCACCGUGAGGUACACACAGGGCAGCUGGACGGGCCUCGUGGGCCAGGACGUUGUCACUGUCCCCAGAGCCUUCAACACUUCCUUUCUUGUCAACAUCGCCACCAUCUUUGAGUCGGAGAAUUUCUUUCUGCCCGGGAUCAAGUGGAACGGAAUCCUUGGGCUCGCGUACGCUGCCCUGGCCAAGCCUUCGAGCUCCCUGGAGACAUUCUUCGAUUCCCUGGUGACCCAGGCCAAGAUCCCCAACGUCUUCUCCAUGCAGAUGUGCGGGGCCGGAUGGCCAGUAGCCAGAUCGGGUACCAACGGAGGUAGUCUUGUCCUGGGUGGGAUCGAACCAAGUUUGUAUAAAGGAGACAUCUGGUAUACCCCCAUUAAGGAAGAAUGGUAUUAUCAGAUAGAAAUCCUGAAGCUGGAAAUCGGAGGCCAGAGCCUUAACCUGGACUGCAGAGAGUACAAUGCGGACAAGGCCAUCGUGGACAGCGGCACCACAUUGCUGCGCCUGCCCCAGAAGGUGUUUGACGCAGUGGUGGACGCAGUGGCCCGCACAUCUCUGAUUCCAGAGUUCUCCGAUGGCUUCUGGACGGGCGCCCAGCUGGCCUGCUGGACCAGCUCGGAGACGCCGUGGACGUACUUCCCGAAGAUCUCCAUCUACCUGCGAGAGGAGAACUCCAGCGAGUCCUUCCGCAUAACUGUCCUGCCUCAGCUUUACAUCCAGCCCAUGAUGGGCGCCGGCCUGAACUACGAAUGCUACCGCUUCGGCAUCUCCCCGUCCACCAACACGCUAGUGAUCGGGGCCACCGUGAUGGAGGGCUUCUACGUGGUCUUCGACCGAGCUCGCAGGAGGGUGGGCUUUGCGGCGAGCCCCUGUGCAGGUACGUGGUCCACGGAGAUCAGGACACUCGAAAGGAAAUCGAGGCUCCAGAAUAGGAACGAAGAUUCCUGCACAGACUCUGUCUUCCCCCAGAAAACCCCACUGUGGCGGCAAAUGAGAGAGAUUGCAGGUGGCCCCGUGUCCGAGGUUUCCGGGCCCUUCUCCACCGACGGCAUCGCCAGCAACUGCGUCCCCGCCCCAUCUCCCAGCGAGCCUGUGCUGUGGUUCGUCUCUUAUGCGCUCCUGAGCGCUUGCGGGCUCAUCCUCCUGGUGCUCAUCAUCCUGCUGCUGCUACCCAUCCGCUGCCACCACGCACCCCGCGACCCGGAGGUUGUCAACGACGAGUCCUCCCUGGUCAGGCACCGUUGGAAAUGAGGCACGGGGACAUCAGAACCAGGCGACUGGAUCCCAGCUCUUCCCUCCCGGGGCAGCAGGUGCCCAGGAGUAGGGCAGGGCCCUUCGUCCGUGGGUCGGGAAGCUCAGUUCUGCUCCCAGAGGCCUCCACAUUCACUGUAUCUCGAUGAGUCUUGAUUUUAAGCUUCCACUUUGUCCUUCCUAUUUCCGAGCAAAAAAAUGAUAAUAAAAAAAACAUGCCUGGUUCUAAACCAAGACAGAGUGGAUUGGGCUUCAGCUCAGGGCACAGUAGAGCCAGACUCCCCCGACGGCUGCUCCAAACACGCAGCGGCCUGAGCUCAGUGUCUGUGGUUCCUAAUCCGGCUCAGCUGACAGGUGUAUUAACCGCAUUUCAGGGCAACCUGUGCCGGGCUGACCCGGGUCGGGUGGCAUGGAAGGCUCCCGGUGAUGAUGGAGAAAGCAGCCGGGGGUGCCCGGGGGUGGAGCUGCCUUGCUCCCUCCCCAGCCCUUUGGGGGCCCCUGGGUUCUGGAUGGGGCAGCGUCCUUGCCAAAGCCUCAGCCCAGCCUCUCCAGCAGAGGGAAGGCCUGGCCCUACGCAGAGGUGGGAUGGGACCACAGCCAAUCCUUCUGCACCGACUCCUGUGGCUUGGUGGGUGGAAAAGUAAAAGCACUACCUUUGGGCAGCGGUACCCCACCCCGGAACGUCUGUUACCAAGCUGGGCGGGACCACCUAACUUACUCUUCUGUUGGUGGGGGAAUCGGACUUGCAUUUGCAAGGCAGGCGCUAUGCCACUGAGCUAAACCCUGGCCCAUAGCUUACUUUUGCUCUAGAUUAAAUGGUGCUUUGUGAGGAACACAAAGCCUGUGUCACCAGUGUCGUUUCUUUCCCCAAAUCCUCUGCAGAAGUGGCUGGUUCUUACCCUCUGGGGGACAGAGAAGUGGCCGGGCCCCCUGGCUUUGACAUGGUCAGGGAGGAAGCUCCCCUUGCAGAGCAGCCGACUUCUCUUUGGCGGUGAGGUUCAGUACUGUCCUUACUUGGGGGAUCGCACCUGCUCUCAGUUAUGUGAGGCCUUUGCCAAGGAAGGGUGGCGCCUUCAGCUUGGCAUCGCCAGCCUGGUGUGGUCCCCGAGGCAGUGCCUCCCCUUGGCUUCAAGAAAUCGUGGCCCUGAAGUAGCAGGAAGGGUGAGGAGGUGAGGCCCGCUAGUUCUUGUUCCCCAAGUCCAGGACGCCAGCUAAGCCCCGUUGCGGGAGGGCCUUGGAUGGACCUCGGCAGCGCUCUGUUCUGCGUCCAAUUUCUCUACCUUUGUGUCUCAGGAGCCAUUGGGUGUGACGUAGGAAUAGGACUCUUAAAUUUACAAAAAUGUCCCUUAGCGACAAGAACAAACUAGACAAUUGAAUUGGACACAUUUCCCUGGUGCGCCUUGCUGCUGAGAAUUACCAGCUUGGAGUCAAAAGUGCACUGGUGGCACCUGACCUCCCGGGCCAGCGUCCAUGUGUCCAUUGCGGGGCAGAGCCUUGCUUUGAAUGGAAAAGGCAGUGGCGACCCCUUCAGGGAGUUGUUUCCCUUUGCAGCUCACCGCGGAAAGUGCUGGAAGAGCUUUCGGAAGCGCUCUCAGCUCUGCAGUGGGCAGUCUUCAUUUAAAUGGGGCCUGCUUUUUCUUCCUGAUAACUCACUUAGAAGUUGGAGGUGAAAUCCUGCCUCAGACACUUUAUAAAAAUACUCAGAAAUGAGACAGGGUCCGGUCCUGUUAUCACCCCACCCCGGGAUUUCAAAACCACACAGUGAGGGGCGCCGGAGCUCCUGGUGUAAAGGACGGAGCAGCGCACCCCGCACCCAGGCAUUAUGGAGGACUUUGCCUGACCGGUCCUGAAAGCCAGAGAUCUCAGUCGGAGAUAGACUUGGAGUCAGCCCGUGCCUUACUGGAGUCGGGCAGGGAGCUCUUGGCCAGACAGCGUUAAGGGCCCCGUGGAACUCGGGGUGCCUGACUCUAGGAGGCAGUUGUGUCCUGGGCUUCCAUUCUCUCGUGUGAAAGAUGAAGAGGGAUUAUUUUAUUCCUUAAUUAAAGGGGGAUUUAUUAAAUUCCUCUCACCACAGCCCCGCUCAGCAGAGCCGACAUGCACGGCUCGGUCCCGAAUUCUGGCCUCCUGCCACAGGCGUCCCUGGGAAUAAGUCACUGCCCAGCAGUCACUGGGAAUAAUUGAGUCACACAGACUUAAUGCUUAUGAGUGGAAACCAGAUAAUUGGUUGAAAUCCCGUGUGUUUUCUCUUGCACAAACUUCUUAGAAUUGAUUAGAGAACCAUUCAGAGGUAACAUUGCCACUAGAAUAUUUUUAAGGCAAAAACAAACACCACAAAAUUUAAAACUGUGGGGUUUGCCAAGAGAGACGCUACGUUUUUAGUGCCAGGAAAAGUACAUAACAAAUUAUUUUGUACAUCUCUCUUGGACUUUAAGAAUUUCAGAUUUUAUUUUAAGGCAGUUUAUAAAUUAAAUAGCAAUCCAGAAAAAUACAUUUUAAGAGUGGGGGAAGAAAACAAAAAUGCAGUGAAAAGUAUGCUAGAAAAAUCACCAGUCUUGGGAAACACUCUCCAAACAUCUACAGAUUUCUUUUACCUUUAAGGUUGCUGAACCUGCUAGAGAUCUGGCUGAUUUCAGAGCCACAAGCCUCCAGUUUCAAGCACAUGCAAGCCGGAAUCGUGCACGGAGGUCAGCGCUGACCAUAUGAGCAGUAUGGGCUGCGUGCUGGGGCAUCACCCAGGCCAGCGGGGGCCGGUUCACUCCAGAGUUAAGGACUGUGGGGACUCGUAAAGGGGCAGGAAGGAUCCAGAAGACAGCCUGCUCCACCAUGGUCUGGACGGCCUGGACACCCCAGGACACUGUGGACAGCUCUCUUCACCCCGAGUGUUUAGCACACCCUGUUCUUGAGGGAUUUUCCCCACGGACCAGCCUGACCACCCAUUGGUCAAAGAGGAAGUGGUAGGCAAGGGGAAGUUGGUUUCACCGCCAUAGCCAGGCCAUGGCUGUUGUCGUAAAUCUUAGCGGCACCUGGACUCCUUGAGCAGGACACGGGCCUUAGGGUGGAAGCACACAGCUGUGUCCUGGGAAGUGUGUAGGGCAGAUGACGGAAGCCCGAGGGGUGUCACUGGUUCCCUUUGGAGUCUCAGCACCGGGAAGGGGACAGUCCCUGCCGUCAGCCUCCACAGCCUCCUCGCAGAGUGGUCCUGGGCCGCGGCACCCUAACCAGAGCCAGGAGGUCCCCACUCGCACCCAGUCCUGCUCAGCCCCAGCAUGGGAGGCCCAGGAGUCCUCACAGUGGACACACAGCUCAGCCCUUGGGUCAGGAAGUUGGCAAGGGCCACCAGGGCUGGGUGAGGGCCGUUGGCCACAUUGCGGAAGGUGGGGGACAAAGCAAAGCAGAGCCUCCAGGGGUUGCAUGGUGCCCUGGCUCCUAAACAGCACACAGGAGGCACCUCAAGGCUCCCUGAUCAGUUCAGAUCCAGCCCGCGGCCACAGAUCUCGUCUCUGGAGAGCACAGCCUCAGAGGGAGACCAACCUGUGCCUACGGCAGGGCUUGAGCGUCAGCCAGGAGAAGUAAAGCGUGCCAGUGCGCUUGCAGGAGGCAGCGGGACCAUACACGGUGUGGCUGGAAGAUAUGGCGAAUGUUUAAAAGUCUUUAAAUUUAUGACAGUAAAAGACUGUUGCUGUCAAUCUCCCUCAGAAUCCUCUUUUUCACUUUGAACACAGUCAUCCCAUCCUGGCCACUUUCUGAAGCAGCUCUGGAGCCCUCUUUCCCGAAAGUUUUUAGUUUCACCCUUGUGGCUGCAUCAAUGUCCUGAAUUGAUUCAAAACAUUUCAUUCAAAAAAAGAUUUCCCUGUCACGACCAUUUUGACUCUGGGGAAGAGCCAGAAGUCACGUGGUGCUGGAUCAGGUGACUCAGAUGGAGGAGGACACAGCACUGUGUCUUUACGAGCUGCCUUUCCAUUGGAUGGCGCUCCAGCAGCGGUCCCCAUACUUUUAAUCACAGCUCAUAGAGACCCUCGGGGAAGAGGACUCCAGAGAUGCUGCAGAAAGUGACCAGGACAUGGGAUGAGGGUGUUGGAAGUGGAGGUAUAUGGGGGGAUGAACAAAUUGAAGUAAGGUUCUUUUAAUCUAUAUUUAAAAAGCACACAAUAAAAUUUCUGAACAAUUAUGCACUCUCAUGGCUUUUGUUGGUAUGAGUGUAAAACUGGGUUUUGGAUUUUUCUCUCUUUUCCUAAUUGCAGGUGUAAUGUGGAAUAGCAGUGACUCCCUACAUGGGAGAGCACAGAGGGUUUGCUGAUUAAAAGCUGGCUUUCUGUUACCUGGAAUGUUGAUUUUUCUACUGUUCCUGUUCAUUGCACUGUUAAGAGUUCCAGAAGUUUAGAAUGUCGUGUCCAGGGUUGAUUGGAGCUGCUUGACUUUCCUUUAAGAGGCAGACAGGUCCCGGUUCCAGUGGCGAAGCUCAAGCCAGAUGCUGCAUUUUUCAAAGAUCCCAAAAGUACUGCUCUGCGGAAUGUAUUCUGUGUGUGUCUUGGAUUUACAUCCUUUAAUACAUGAUCCAUGGAUGUAACUUUAUUUCUGAAAAUGCCUAAGAUGAUUUUGGAAGUCUGCUCUAUUUCCGGUACCCCGAAGUAACUUUAAGUAAAAUAAUCAGAGCGAGAAGUCUUGGUCCCUCCCUCUCAGAAUAGCUCUUCAGAGAUGGAGUCCCAACAACUGUGCCCUUUGAAACUGCAGUUUUCUAAAAUAAUCUUAUUGUUAUACUUGUCCCACUGAUUUCAGAUGUAUGCCAUUGAAAAUGAAAUAAACCAUGUUCGAUUAUUUGAAUAAAGAAGACU